CCUUUUGUCUCUGAAAUUCCUCUUCCUACAAUCUAAUGAGUUUUAUGGAAGCAUACCAUCUCAUUUUUGUCGGCAAAGACAUAUUAAGAUAUUGAACCUCUCUCUGAACAACAUCUCUGGAAUCAUUCCAAGAUGCCUCGACAAUUAUACUGCUAUGAUUCAGAAAGGGGAAUUAACUGAUAUUAAUUCUGGUGAACUUGGUUUGGGACAACCAGGCCAACAUGUUAACAAAGCAGUGGUUGAUUGGAAAGGAAGACAGUAUGAAUACGUACGGAGUCUGGGACUUUUCAGGAUUAUUGAUUUUGCAGGAAACAAACUAACCGGAGAAAUUCCAGAAGAGAUAACAAGUCUCUUACAAUUGGUUGCACUGAACUUGUCAGGAAACAAUUUGACCGGAGGUAUCCCUCUCAAGAUUGGGCAGCUGAAACAGUUAGAAUCUCUUGAUUUGUCAGGAAAUCAGUUGUCAGGAGUGAUUCCAUCCAGCACAGCUUCUCUAAGUUUUUUGAGUUACUUGAAUCUCUCCUACAAUAACCUGUCCGGGAAAAUUCCAUCAGGCACCCAGCUGCAAAGCUUUAAUGCUUCAGCAUUUGCCGGUAAUCUUGCCUUGUGCGGGCUGCCGGUCACACAUAAAUGUCCUGGAGAUGAGGCGACUCCAAGACCACUGGCUAAUGAUGACAACCAAGGCAAUGAAACAGUUGUUGAUGAAUUCAGGAGAUGGUUUUAUACUGCUUUGGGAAUCGGUUUCGGUGUGUUCUUUUGGGGAGUUUCAGGUGCUUUACUGCUAAAGCGUUCUUGGAGACAUGCCUAUUUCCGGUUCUUGGACGAAGCAUGGGACUGGAUCUACGUGAAAAUAGCUGUGCAGAAGGCAAGACUGCAGCAGAUAUAUCUGAGGCUCCUGUCUUAGAAGGAUGGCAACAUGCUCUACUUAAGAUAUGGUGUUUGGUGUGCCAUUGUAAUUUGAAUGAACCGUGUGCCAUUGUGUCUUUGUUUCUUGGGAGUUUGUGUUGUUAGUGUUUCUGUAUUGCAGAAACUUCAUUGUUGUCUCUGCUACUUCAAGAUUAAAAUAAGGUUCCAGGGACUCUCUUGGCUAACUAUUUGUAAAACUGCU